AUGGUGGGCGGAGUCAGGUGGGCGGGGUCAGAUGGGCAGGUUCAGGUGGGAGGGGUCAGGUGGGCGGGGUCAGGUGGGCAGGUUCAGGUGGGCGUGAUCAGGUGGGCAGGUUCAGGUGGGCAGGUUCAGGUGGGCGGGGUCAGGUGGGCGGAGUCAUGUGGGCAGGUUCAGGUGGGCGGGGUCAGGUGGCCGGAGUCAUGUGGGUGGGGUCAGGUGGGCAGGGUCAGGUGGGAGGGGCCAGGUGGGCCGGUUCAGGUGGGCGGGGUCAGGUGGGCCGGUUCAGGUGGGCGGGGUCAGUGGGAGGGGUCAGGUGGGCGGAGUCAGGUGGGAGGCGAAACACUGAAGACUUGA